AUGGAGCGGAACUUGCUGGACUUGAGGUACAGUGAAGAUGUUCAAAAUGAAGACAAUGACCAUUGGCACAGGAGUGAAGUAUUGGUGGAACGCGGUGUCUAUGCCGACGCAGUUUUUGUGGGAGCUGGCGAUGUGUUUGGCUACGAUGCCGACCAAUCGUACCCAUUAGAUGAAGUUACAGGAAAUACUACGACACGGGCAAAGUAUGCCCACCAGGAACCACUGCAAAAGCCCAUCAACCCACCAUAUGCCAAUGCCCUCAAGCGACAACAGAAUAAUCAACCGAGUAAAAGCUAUUGA